UACUUUUAGCGACUGGAAAGACACAGCUGGGGAAGAGCUAGCACGAAGUUCCGUUUUAGCUAAAAGUACUGAGAUCUUUCCCUCCGCGAAUUUUGUUAGAGGCUAUGAUUUCUCUAAGGGCACAGAUCUUGAGGCUAUUAUGCACAGUUAUAAAACUGUUGGCUUCCAAGGGACCAAUCUUGGUAUCGCAUUCGACAUAGUGAAUGAGAUGAUUAACUGGAGACCUCCGCAGGAGUCUGUUGCUGAAAUUUCUCAGAAAACUGAAAAAAUAUUAAAAUCUUGCCAAGAAAUUAGGUGUACGAUUUUUUUAGGUUAUACUUCUAAUUUAAUAUCAUCCGGGAUAAGGGAAAACAUUUUGUUCUUAGUGAGGAACAAAAUGGUGGACGUUUUGGUUACAACUGCAGGUGGAGUCGAGGAGGACUUGAUUAAGUGUCUGGCACCCACCUAUAUUGGUGACUUCGACUUAAAAGGUGCCGAGUUACGAGAACAAGGCCUUAACCGAAUAGGGAAUCUACUUAUACCCAAUAGUAACUAUAUAAGCUUUGAAGCAUGGCUCUGCCCUAUUCUCGACGCUUUGGUGGAAGAGCAGAAGAGUUUAGGUACUCACUGGACACCGUCGAAAGUUAUUAAAAGACUUGGCAAGGAAAUUAACAACGAAGAUUCCAUCUAUUAUUGGGCGUAUAAAAAUGAUAUUAAUGUUUAUUGCCCUGCCUUGACGGACGGGUCUAUAGGCGACAUGAUAUUCUUUCACUCUUUUAAACAUCCUGGUUUGAGGCUAGACAUCGUGGAAGAUCUACGACAACUCAACUUUGAGGCACUGAGAGCCGCACGAUCGGGCUUGAUCAUUCUGGGUGGUGGCUUGGUUAAGCACCACAUUUGUAAUGCCAACUUAAUGCGCAACGGAGCUGAUUAUGCCGUUUUUAUCAACACCGGGCAGGAGUACGACGGCAGUGACGCCGGUGCCCGACCCGAUGAGGCUGUUUCUUGGGGAAAGUUGGCCUUGCAGGCUCGGUCGGUUAAGGUAUUUGCUGAUGCCACUAUUGUUUUUCCGCUUCUCGUUUCACAGACUUUCGCUAAAAGUUUCGUGCCCAAAUAA